UUCAGUGUCUGAGUGCCCCUGGGAGAAUGGGCCCCGAAGCUGGUGAUUGACCUGUCAGUGCCCUGCCUUUGUCCAUCAAGUUAGGUUUUGCCAUCCAACUCGGAACCCACCCUGGUAGCUCCCCUGGAGCCCCAUGCCCCAUGCCCAAUGCAGGCGGCGCCGAAUUCCCACCGUGCACUCAUCUCGGUCGACCAUCUUUCAUCUCCUCCCUCCCGUCUCCUCCUCUCUUUUUCUCUCGCUCCUUCGAACCUCUUCUUUCCUCUCCUCGUCGGUAAUAUUCUCGUCCAGUUUUUCUCUUCACGCCACUCGUUUUUCGUCAGGCUAUACUCUGCCAGACUUUGUCUAGUUCUAGGAAUAUUCUUGCAGUUCCGUGAUAUAUCAGUCGUUCGCCGAGAAACUCCCAAGGAUUUCAAGAAUCAACACCAUCCAACAAAAUCACAGGAUCCUUUCCCCUUACAAAUUAGAUCAUAAUGCAUUCCGUUAAGGUCCUCUCGGUCAUUGCGGCCCUCGGUGUCUCUGCCGUCUCUGCUGCCACUUGUACCAAGGACAUCAAGAUCACCGAACCUACACAAGUCAUCAGCUGUGAUGUUGUUGACGCCGAUGUCAUCAUUGACAAGUCUGUUUCUGGUGCCGUUGUCAUCAACGGCCCCAAGCAGAUCAAGGGUAACUUCCAGGCCAAGAACGCUGGAGACCUUAUCUCUCUCUCCAGCACCACUAUCAAUUCCAUCACUGGAACGUUCGAGCUCAACAACCUCGAGGCCCUCAACAACCUCGAAUUCUCUUCACUCCAGAGCCUGGGCGAGCUUAGCUUCAUCAAGCUUCCCCGACUCGGCGAGCUGAACUUCGGUACCGAAGGCGUUACUAAGAUCAAGAGCAUUCGAAUCACCGACACUUUCAUCAGUGAUCUUAGCGGUCUCAGCGUCGCCAGUGUCGAGAGUUUCCAAAUUGACAACAACCGAAAGAUGAACGCUUUCAACUCCGAUCUCGUUAACGUUACCACCCAGCUCCUGAUCUUCGACAAUGGCAACGACGUUAUGGAAAUUACCAUGAACAAACUCGAGACUGCUGCCGAGAUCCAAAUUUCUAGCGCCAAGUCCUUCAAGGUUCCUGCUCUCCAGGAGGUGACCAAGAGCUUGAAGCUGAACGCCAACCCCGAGCUCAAGUCUUUCUCCGCCCCCAACCUGACCACGAUCACGGAGACACUGUCUCUUGUCGACAUGAACAAGCUCACCAACGUUUCCUUCCCCGCUCUGGAGGAGAUUGGCGGCGGUUUCACCAUCCAGAACAACACCAAGCUUGAGGCUAUUGAUGAUUUCCCCAAGCUUGAGAAGGUCACCGGUGGUGUUGCCCUCCGAGGCAGCUUCGAGAAGGUGGAACUUCCCAAGCUUGACCAAGUUAGUGGCAGUGUCGUUGUUUCCUCGACCACCGAUAUCAAGGAGUUCUGUGACUACUUCGACAACCUCAAGAAGGACAAGAAGAUCGAUGGUGAGGAGAAGUGCACAUCUAACAACAAAGAGGCCAACGAGGGCAAGGACGGUGGUGAGGAGAGCGACGGCUCUUCCGAGAGCAACAACAGUGACGACAAGGAGGAUGCUGCUGGCAUUGUCAGCGUCAACAUGGCUGUUCUUGCUCUUGCCGGUGUUGCUGCCGUUGCCCAGCUCUUUUAAGCACGGAGAUGAAGAUUGCUGGAUUUUCUCUUAAAGGCGUCAUUAUCGCCGUCAUCAUGUUUCCUGACUUUUCUCUACGACAUAUUGUGCUUGGUCAUGGGGCACAAAAUGCUUUUCAUGGGGUGGGGUAACUGCGUGUAAAGGAUAACCUGUUAGAGCUUAAUAAUCGAUUGUAUUUGGACUUUAUUCUUGAGGUCAUGUUCGCCGAGCCUUGACAAUUGACAUUUCUCUUAACUCAUCAUAUCAAGAUGUUUAGUCCGUGAUAAGCGCUUCUUUAUUUUGACCAUCAUGAAUCUUUUCGGUCUGCAACUAAUAUCAAGCAUUGCCAAGUUGCAGGUCCAUGAUGAAUAUAAAUCCUUCUCUAUCCACCUAGUUGCCAACGGCUCUUGACAUUU